UGUAACGGUGAGAGACCAGCCUGUCGUUCCUGCGUGGAGCGAGAGACGGCACGUGGAUAUGAUCCACCUACUGGCACAUUGCUCGCGCAGGCGCAGAAGAGAAAGAUCGAAGAACUAGAGACCGACAGGAGCUCGUUAUAUGAAGUCAUAUGGUAUCUACAGACAGCCUCUCCGUCCAAAGCUACGGCAUUGUUGCGACACAUGCGAGCUGCUCAGGGUGAAGAUCUUGGCGUUAUCUUCAGAACCUUCGAAAUGAAUCGUCCUAGUUCUUCCAUGUCUGCGGCAGCUCCUGAAAUCGAUGCCCGCAAGGGCUAUGCAUCACCGGUAAUAAACGAUUAUUCCUCUUCGGCAAUGCUCUCUAUGCCAGAAGUCAUGGACCAUCCCAACUUCUCCGUUGCUCAAAAAAAGCAGUUUAACAUGACGGCCAUUACUCUACUUGCUCCGAACCAGCAAGAUGCAUCCGUCGACAAGAUCGACGGCUCGCUCGAUAUGUUUUUCGGUUGUGUGGGUGCGCUUUUCUACAUCAUGAACAAGGAUGACGUUCAGACAAGCAUUGCAGCAAUGAAGGCUUCAGGUGUUGGCCACAUACCACUCGGAGACGUGCUCACCAACGGGAUUAAUACACAACUGCGCACAUACGCCGCAGAGCUUGCGGGCAUGGCAGCCAUCGGCGUCGUUCAUUCCCAACUCGCUGAUCCCGAAACGGCGCCGCCACCUGAACUUGCCGACUACUUCUAUGCAGUCGCAAAGCAUGGACUAGACUCUGCCAUAUCGUUCAGUCCGCUUCGAGCAAUGAAAAUAUGUUCGUUACUUGGAAUGUACAAUAUCGUGGUCAAAGCCACAGUCGCUCUAGCUUAUAUUGGUAUGAUUCUACACCUGAACAUUUCCAUCGGAAAUGUCACGACUUACCCUUUUCCAGAACUUGGACUAAGUCUACCCCGUAAUCAGAAAAUUAGUCUUGAAACUUGCCCGCCGGGCUGGUCUCCUAGUUACUACGAAGAUAUUCGCCGCACAUAUAGGACUCUUGUUCACCUGCAAUGCUGGCUAAGCGCAUCACUUGACCAUGAUUCAGAUUCGGUGAUUCAAGAUAUCACCUCACCUUCAGACGAAUUGGACGUACCGCCAGAAGACAUGAUCCGUCAUGAAUGCGUCAAAGUGUCCAUCAUCAAGGCAAGCAUGCUUCGUCGCCUGCCAACAAAAGCUCCUGUGCUUGAAGGUACCAUACUUGAGUACCGUGUACGAUUGUCGAGAUUUCAUGCGCGUCUUCCCGAAUGGAUGUCAAUUGGUUCCUUGUUAGGGGGCGAAAACACUGAAUUCAUGGCCACACUCCGUCCCGUCAUGUACUAUGUCCAUCUGUUCUAUCUGUCAGCCAUGAUGCUGCUAUCAAGGCGGCUAAUCAUAGCAUAUAUUCCGCUGGAUGUGGUCGGGAGCGUGACUCUCUCAUCGGAAGCACGACGAGCCAUCGAAGAAGGUUACCUGGCCGCGGAAACGAACGCUUCCGUUAUGGAUCUGAUGCUACAGGAAGGCAAAGUAGUACAAGUAUGCUGGCUGUGCAUUUAUACCUCUUAUACAGCGGGUAUCAUGAUCGCUCACAAAGUCUCGCAAAAUGCACUGCACAAUGAGCCAUUUGCCAACGGCAUGAUUCUGCUGAGCAAAUGUAUCGGCGUUCUUGGAUACUGUGCGAUCAAGGAUGCACUUGCUGGAAGGUUUCACGACAUCCUUACUGAGCAUAUGAGUAUGCUUCGACACUACGAAUCUACUCUAGCUGGAAGCGGGAAUACUGCUACUCCAUCUUCUUCAUCGAACCAUAGCCUCUUCAUCUUCCAGCGCGGCUCAUCGAAUCUCCAUAUCGCAGCUCUCGACUUGCUUCGAACCAUACACCAUCCUUUCGGUGGUCUGAGAGAUGUCACAGCACAGAACACGCUCUCGAAUCGCGCUGAGACAACCAUGGGGACACAUCUCGAGUGGAUAUACGAGCUUGAAAGUCAAGAUCUUGCGCAGGCACGGCCGAAGGAUAUUUCGGGGGGUGCCGGUGCAGUAGGCACCGUCGUUGGUAAAGCAAUCCUGGAGAGUGGCGGAGAUGUCGUCUUCGUCGAUGUUUCAACCCCCAAUCCUGAAGCCUGGAGCUCGCUUCAGGAAUAUGCUAGAGCCAGCAACACUUCCGCAACUUUCCAAAUCCUUGAUGUCCAGGAUGAAGCCAGCAUCACGUCAGCCUUCACCACCAUCCGUACCACAAUCCGCCAUCCGAUCCGUGGCCUUGUCUCCUGUGCAGCGAUCUCUGGGGAGAGCGAUGCAUGUGACUACCCCAUUUCGACAUUUCGGAAGAUCCUCGACAUCAAUAUUUCCGGAACCUUCCUCAUCGCCCGUGUCGUAGCAAAUGAACUCCAUUCCACUAAUCUACCAGGAAGCAUCGUCCUCUUUGCCUCAAUAUCCGGUCAUAUUUCUAACCACGGAAUUAAUACCGCCGCAUACAACGCCUCAAAAGCGGCUGUGCACCAACUCGCUCGUUCGCUCGCGGCGGAGUGGGGGCAUCCGCAGAAUACCUUCCCAGGCAGCACAGUCACAGAGACGAAUCCGAACCCAAGCCAAGAGCCUCGGAAAAUUUACCCGCCAAUUCGUGUUAACACUAUUAGUCCCGGACAUAUCGAUACGCCCCUCAGCGCGGAGGCGCGGAAGAGGGGGCUGACAAAGGAGUGGGCUAAGCAGAAUAUGUUAGGGAGGAUUAGCGUGCCCGAGGAGUUUCGGGCGCCCGUGCUGUUUUUGUUGAGCGAAGGGAGCAGUUAUGUUACUGGGUCU